UCCAUGCGCCCAAAAUAUCAGCCGUUGGAUGAGUAAGUGGAGAUGAGGGUCAAAUCCACACCAUUGAAUGCUGGUAACCUGCUAAAAGGGUUGGUGUAGGUAAAAGUGAAUAAAAUAAUAAGUGAACAGAAAAAAAAAAAAAAUAAAACCAGAAAAGAACUACAGGACGACAGAAAGGAAGAAGGAACAGAUGAUCGUGAACUGCUACAGGACGACAGAAAGGAAGAAGGAACAGAAGAUCGUGAACUGCUGCUGAGGCAAUCCCACCAACGGCACUUUCUCUUUCAUCUCUCCCUCUCUUCCCCUACAUGUGAAUCACUUGAUUCUGGAGAUGAAAUUGAGAAGAUGUUAACUCUGGGUGGCUGGGCAUUCUGCGUGGUUCACAAAAAACCAGUGGAAACGAGUUGCUGUUGCUGAAACGUAUUGAAGUGGCCAUUGCAAAGGAAAUGGAUGCAGAAGCAAGUAAAACGAAUGGAAUUCAGGGCCAAAACUCUGUCCCUAACAGUGAAGGUUAUUUUGCAGAGGCUGAGUCACUUGAAGAAACUGAAAAUGUCCCAUCUUUACAGAAUUUGGGUAGUAGAACAGAAGAAAGUACUGAGAAAAGCAGACAGUUUGAGUAUGAUGGGUUAAACUUCCAAAAUAUGAGCAUUGCUGAUUUAUCGGAGAGAGAGUUUGCAAAAGUUGAGGAAGCAGAAAGAUUUUACUGCAACUAUGCUCUUGCAAUUGGUUUUAGCAUAAGAAGAAGUCGUUUGAGACGUAGCGAGGGUGGGGUUGUGAUGGGAAGACAAUGGGUGUGCUCAAAAGAAGGGAGUAGAUCAAAGAAAUGGACGAAUAGAGAUGAUAUGGUUCGUACACCAAGGAAAGAGACUAGAGAGAAUUGUCACGCUACAUUUGCUGUGAAGUAUUGUCCUAACCAGGAUGCUUAUAUUGUGACUAAAUUUGUAAAGGAGCACAGCCACCGACUUGCUAACUCACAUGAGGUGCCUUUUCUUCGUUCGCACCGGUGUGUUACGGAAUCUAACAUAGCACAAUCUAUGUCUAUGAGAAAAGCCUCUAUUAAAACCAAUAGGACGUACGACUAUAUGGUUGACCAAGCAGGUGGAUACAAAAAAGUGGGGUUCACCAGUAAGGAUCUAUAUAACAGGAUGGAUUUCGAGCGUCGACAAGUGGUAUUGGAUGGUGAUGCACAAGCAGCAAUAAGCUACAUGAAUGGCAAGGCAAUAGCGGACCCGAAAUUUUUUUGCAUGUUUAGUGUAGAUGAGGAGAAUAGAUUGGCAAAUUUGUUUUGGAGAGACUCUCAAUCUCUACACGAUUAUUGUUGCUUUGGGGAUGUGGUGAUACUUGAUAGCACGUACAAAACCAAUGUAUAUGACAAGCCUUUAGUGGUGUUUGUUGGUGUAAACAACCAUAACGCGACUACAGUUUUUGGUUGUGCAUUUCUUGUUGAUGAGACUGCUGAUACAUAUCGUUGGGUACUCAGAACUUUUUUGACUUCUAUGAAGGACAAGAAGCCUGUAUCUAUUGUCACGGACGGGGAUGACGCAAUGCGCGUAGCGAUUGAUGAAGUUUUUCCCGAUGCACAUCAUCGUUUAUGUACAUGGCACAUCAUGAGGAAUGUGAACACCAAUGUGAAUAACCCAGAAAUAGUAAGGGAGUUUAGCUAUUGUGUGCAUGGUGGUUUGACACCAGUAGCUUUCGAACAACAUUGGCAGCAAAUGAUACAGACGUAUGAUCUAAAAGGCGAUUGGAUCGAGAUGAUGUACCGUAAACGGAAACGAUGGGCUGAAGCAUACUGCUCAGGGCAUUUUUUUUGGUGGGAAUACCACCACACAACGUGUCGAGGGUAUGCAUAA